AUGUAUCGGGCCGUCCGCCGCAAAGGCGACGCGGUCGCGGCCGUCGAGGCCCGCCCGGGCCACCUGCACGACGCCUAUGAUGUGGGCAAAGAGGUCGGGCGCGGCGCCUACGCAGUGGUGCACUGCGCGAAACGCCGCUUUGACGGCGAGCGCGUCGCCGUCAAGCUCGUCGACGUGUUCGACAUGCCCCCGCGCAAGCGCGACCGCUGUCUCCGCGAGGUUAGUUUGAUGCAACCUUUGAAGCACCCGCACGUGGUCCAGAUGCACGAGGCGUUCCUCGACGCGAACCAGCUGGUGCUGGUCCUCGAGUGGUGUCCCGGGGGCGACCUGCGGCGCGCCGUGAAGCGCCUCGCGCGCGCAGGGCGGAGGCUUGAGGAGCCCAAGAUAUGGGCUCAAUUCCUGCAGAUCGCCGAGGGCGUGCUGCACCUGCAUUCGCACCGCAUCAUCCACCGAGACCUCAAGCCCGCCAACGUCCUCGUCGGCUCCAAGGGCGAGCUCAAGGUCGCCGACCUCGGCCUCGGACGCCUCCUCGGCGAAGAGAGCGUCGCCGCGCUCUCGAAAGUUGGCACGCCCUACUACGUCUCUCCCGAAGUCGUCGCGGGCGUCGGGCACGACUGGCAGUCGGACGUGUGGUCGCUCGGGUGCAUCCUCUACGAGCUCGCGGCGCUCCGUUCGCCGUUCGAGGGCAAGGACCAGAAGCUCCCGGAGGUCUUCCGGCGCGUCAAGGGGGGGGAGUACGACCGCCUGACGCAGGACCAUUACUCCCCCGCGCUCCACCGCCUCGUGGAGCGCAUGCUCCGCGUCGACCCCGCGCGCCGCCCGACCGUCGCGGACGUCCGCGGGUUCGCGCGGGCCGCCCUCGAGCGCCUCGUCACGUCAGGUUUCGAUCUCCUCGCCACCGCCCAGUCCGCCUCCGACCGCAUCACGGCGGCGGUGGUGCUCGCGGAGCGCCGGCAGGCCGCGGGGGUCGGCGGCGCGGGCGUGGCGGCGGCCGGCACGGCGCAGGAGCGGGCGGUGCGGCGGCUGCACGGGACGCUGACGGCGGAGGUGUGCGCGGCGGCGCGGGCGCUGCGGGACCCGAUGGUGCUGUCGCACGGGGACGAGCGGGCCGAGGACGAGGGGCUGCGGCGGGAGGAGGCGUGGCGGGAGCGUGCGCGGCGGCGGCUGGGCGUCGUGGGCGCGGUGGCGUGCUGGUUGCUGGAGGUAGUGCUGUCGUCGCGGGCGGCGCGGUGGGACGGCGCGGAGGUGCGGGCCGCGCAGGAGAUGCUCGCGGGGCGGCCUGGCGGGGCGCCGCUGGCUCCGGCGGACUACGAGGGGCGGCUGAAGCUGGCGCGAGCGCUGGUGGCAGCGGCGGUGAGCGCGGGCUGCGAUGGCGGGGCGCUGCCGGCGGCGGGGCUGGCGGAGGGCGUCGGGCGCGAGGCGUGCUUCCUGCUGGACACGCUCGGCGGGAUGGCGCUGGCGGAGCUGCAGCGGACGGGGGGCGCAACGCGGUUGCUACCUGCGGAGCUGUGCGGGGAGGGUUGGGCGCGCGCGCGGAGGCUGCAGCAGGCCGCGGAGGACGCGGCGGCCGGGGGCGCCGGCGUGGAGGUCGCGGACGUCGCCGAGGAGGUCGACGAGGACGAUAUGGACGAGGACGUCGGCGGGAGACGGGAAUCCUCGACUGCCGACGAAACCAGUGCUACCGACGCGCACGGUGCGCCGGAGCCGCCCCCGCGGCUGCAACACAUCGCCAUCGAGGUGCGCGAUGCGGCGCCGGCCGCCGCGGCGGGCCUCGCGCGCGUCGCGAGCCGCGUCGGGCGCGACCUUGCGCGGCUCGAGGAGCGCUGUGGGCGGCUGGAGGCGGAGGCGGGCGACGCGAUCGGCGCCGUGAGGGUUGCGAGCGAGGACGUGCGGCAUGUGCGUGGGAGGGUGAGCGAGGAGCGCGAGGGCGUGCGGGAGCUCGCGGAGGCGCUGGGGGAGAUCGAGAGGGAUCUGGAGGCGUGCCGGGACGCGAUGGAGGGGCUGUCGGACCCGUCGGGGGGGGUGUCGAUGAUUCGGGAGGCGCGGGGGGGUGUGUUGGCGUUGCGGGGGGAGUUGAAGGAGAUGGCGGUGCGGGAGGGGCUGCUGCAGGGCGCGGUGGUCGCGGCGGCGAUGCGGGCGCGGCGCGAGGAGGCCCGGCGGCGGCCGGGGUGA